UGCGUCCAGCUGCUCUACCUGUACGACAGCAGCAGUGCGGACUGGCAGCUGGGCAAGACCAAGGUCUUCCUUCGGGAGUCUCUGGAGCACCGUCUGGAGAAGCAGAGGGAGAUGGAGGUGCUGAAAGCCGCCAUGAUAAUCCAGGCUCACGUCAUGGGCUACAUGGCGAGGAAGCAGUACAGGAAGCUGCUGCAGUGCAUUGUGGUCAUUCAAAAGAACUACCGGGCUUUCUACUGGAGGAGGAAGUUCCUGCUCCUCCGCUGGGCAGCGCUCACCUUCCAGAAACGUGUGCGAGGUCAGCUGGCUCGCCGGGCCUUCAGCCAGCUGCUGGAGGACCGGAGGAGGAGGAUGGAGGAGGAGGAGCGCCGCAGGAGGAAGGAGGAAGAGGAGAUGGAGAGAGAGAGACAGAGACUGGAGGCUGAAAGACUCGCUGCAGAGGCUGAGGAGGCCAGACGUCUGGAGGAGUUGGCAUCUCUCGCUCUGCCUCCGCCUCCGGCUCCAGUAGAAGCUGUAACAUCGCCGGUCUCGAUGGAGGAGGCGGAGUUACCCGAGCCUCUCCAGGAGGCGUCUGAUGAAGAAGAGGAGGAGGCAGUCCGACCUCAGGACGCGUCUCAGGUGGAGGAGAUCCUGAGACUGGAGCGGGAGAUCCAGGUGCUGCAGAGGCAGAAGGAGCGUCAGGAGCUCUCUCUGACCGAAGCCUCCCUCAACCGGCUGCAGCUCCUCCGCGACCAGGAGCUUCGGCGCCUGGAGGAUGAGGCCUGCAAGGCGGCGCAGCAGUUCCUGGAGUCGCUGAACUUUGACGAGAUCGACGAGUGCGUGAGGAACAUCGAGAGCUCGUUGGGAGUGGGCGAGGAGGACGAGGAGGAGGAGGAGGCAGAGAAAGAUGUCGGGAGGCGGCGAGGGAAUGACGAGGAGGAGGUGGACGAAGGCUUUGGCGCUGACGAUGAGGCCUUCAAAGACUCGCCGAACCCCAGUGAACACGGGCACUCAGACGGGCAGAGGACAAGCGGGAUCCGAACGAGCGACGACUCGUCUGAAGAAGACCCGUACGCCAACGAUGGCGUGACCCCUCCCCUCCCCCGACCACCAACGUGCUGCACCAGCCGCUGCCUUUACCACCGGCGCCCGCCGCCUGCCAUAGCGCCUCCUCCAGCGCGGACUCGGCCUUCUGCCACCCUCAGGCUUCAUCCGAGGCUCAGUCUGACGACCUGGUGGAGCUGAUACCGCCCGACGAAGACUCAGACUACGACCAGGACGACUACGACGAGGGCGCCAUUGUCUCCAGUGGCAGCGUGGCGUUCUCCAACUCCCGCAGUGGCCAGUGGUCGCCUGACUACAGAGGCUCUGUGGGAACCUACAACAGCUCGGGGGCCUACCGCUUCAGCUCGGAGGGGGCGCAGUCAUCAUUUGAGGACAGCGAGGACGACUUUGACAGAUUUGACACCGAUGACGAGCUGUCGUAUCGCCGGGACUCCGUCUACAGCUGCGUCACUCUC